AUGCAAAAGGAGUCUGUUGUGGUCUUUGAUGAGGCUCAUAAUAUCGACAAUGUGUGUAUCGAAGCGCUUAGUGUUAGCAUUAUGAGACAGACACUUGAAGGGGCUACAAGGAAUCUGAGUAGGAUAAGUCGAGAGAUUGAUGGUCGCACAUCGUUAAUUUUACACUCUUCUCCUGUGCCAGUCACUGAUAACUGGCUCUCAAAUCCUGCUUUGCCCGAUGAUAUUCUGAAGGAAGCCGUGCCGGGAAAUAUCCGUAAAGCUGAGCACUUCUUGCAUGUUCUACGGAGAUUGGUUCAAUAUCUACGUGGUCGGCUGGAUACUGAGAAUGUUGAGAAAGAAAGCCCGGUUGGCUUUGUUGCCUCUAUCAGUAGUCAUGCUGGAAUUGACCAGAAGACAUUGAAGUUUUGUUAUGAUCGUCUGCAUUCACUCAUGAUGACUCUAGAAAUAACUGACACGGAUGAGUUCUUACACAUCCAAACCAUAUGUGACUUUGCAACUCUUGUAGGCGCUUAUGGUCGUGGGUUUUCAAUUAUUAUCGAACCUUUUGAUAAAAGCAUGCCAUCUAUUCCAGAUCCUGUCUUGCAGCUUAGUUGCCAUAAUGCUUCGCUUGCCAUAAAGCCUGUGUUUGACCAAUUCCAGUCAGUUGUUAUUACAUCUGGCACACUCAGCCCUAUUGAUCUGUUCCCUCGCCUUCUUGAUUUUCAUCCAGUUGUUAGUCGUAGCUUUAAAAUGUUUUUGAGAAGAGAUUGCAUAUGUCCAAUGGUUCUCACACGUGGAAGUGACCAUGAUAGAGAAGCGGUGGCGGAUUGA